GCGUGGCCUACCAGGCCACCAUGCGGGACAACAUGUGCUUCCACGCCAUCACCAUGAUGAAGGCGUACCAGAGCUACUCGUUCGAGGAGCUGCGGCUGGCGGACGGCGGCUGGGGCGCGCGCGCUGAGGCGGCGGCGGGGCGCGUGCCCGCCGAGCGGCUGCCCGUGCGCGCCGCGCCCGACGGCUCCUACCACGCCACCUGGACGCCGCGCGCGCCCGGCACCUACGUGUUCCGCUGCACGCUGGACGACCACCCCGCGCCGCACGUGAGUCCCGCCACGCCGACGCUCCUGCUGCUCCAUCUCCUGGUCUCCUCCAUGAUCCCGCGCCGCGCCGACGGCUCCUACCACGCCAGCUGGACGCCGCGCGCGCCCGGCACCUACGUGUUCCGCUGCACGCUGGACGACCACCCCGCGCCGCACGUGAGUCCCGCCACGCCGACGCUCCUGCUGCUCCAUCUCCUGGUCUCCUCCAUGAUCCCGCGCCGCGCCGACGGCUCCUACCACGCCAGCUGGACGCCGCGCGCGCCCGGCACCUACGUGUUCCGCUGCACGCUGGACGACCACCCCGCGCCGCACGUGAGUCCCGCCACGCCGACGCUCCUGCUGCUCCAUCUCCUGGUCUCCUCCAUGAUCCCGCGCCGCGCCGACGGCUCCUACCACGCCAGCUGGACGCCGCGCGCGCCCGGCACCUACGUGUUCCGCUGCACGCUGGACGACCACCCCGCGCCGCACGUGAGUCCCGCCACGCCGACGCUCCUGCUGCUCCAUCUCCUGGUCUCCUCCAUGAUCCCGCGCCGCGCCGACGGCUCCUACCACGCCAGCUGGACGCCGCGCGCGCCCGGCACCUACGUGUUCCGCUGCACGCUGGACGACCACCCCGCGCCGCACGUGAGUCCCGCCACGCCGACGCUCCUGCUGCUCCAUCUCCUGGUCUCCUCCAUGAUCCCGCGCCGCGCCGACGGCUCCUACCACGCCAGCUGGACGCCGCGCGCGCCCGGCACCUACGUGUUCCGCUGCACGCUGGACGACCACCCCGCGCCGCACGUGAGUCCCGCCACGCCGACGCUCCUGCUGCUCCAUCUCCUGGUCUCCUCCAUGAUCCCGCGCCGCGCCGACGGCUCCUACCACGCCAGCUGGACGCCGCGCGCGCCCGGCACCUACGUGUUCCGCUGCACGCUGGACGACCACCCCGCGCCGCACGAGGUGACCAUCGAGAUGGGCGACGACCCGACGGAGGAGUGCGAGGAGCGCGGCGUGCAGGCGGAUGGCGCGGCGUUCCCGCCGGCCAAGACGCGGCGCUUCAUCGCGCGCUACACGGCCGGGCUGCGCGUGCGCGCCAGCCCCAGCCUGCAGGCCGAGGAGGUGGGCAGCGUGCCGCCUGGUGGCACUGUUGCCUACGUCGAGGAGGUGACCAACAAGGACGGCACGUGGGUGCGGCUGAGCGAGGAGUCCGUGCGCACCUACACGGACACGGGUGCCGCGGUGGCGUGGUGCCUGCAGCACAACCGGCACAUCGACCGCGUGCUGCUCGUGCCCGUCGAGCCUUAUUCCUCGCCGCAGUCGGAGUAUAUGGGUGUAUGGAGCGGGUACUGGGAGACGCAAGGCGAGGUGCAGUGGCCGCAGGAAGAACCGGAUGACCUUGACGUUCCCGGAGCAGAAAUCCAACGCAUUGAUCGACGAUGUCCUCCUUCCAGCAGUCAAACUGAUCUGGUGAAUGAGGGCGAAACAGCUACCAUGCCUUUUGUGUACGCAUUCGAGCCCUCAAAGCGUGCUCGAGUUAUGCGCAAUGAAUCCACAUCAAUGCCGACCCCGAGACGAAUCCGACGGUCGAACGGCAACGCAGACGAGUACUGGUCGCCGAUGAAGACGCGCUCCAGCGACAACGUGCGCGACACCACCAUCGUCGAGACGGAGCUAGAGCCGGAGGAGCGCGAGGCCGUUGGCGCGCGCCUCGCGCAGGCCGGCACUCAGACCUCGCCCGAGAGCGCGCUCUCGCUCGACGACGCGCCCAGCGCAGUACAUUUGUACCUCGCCGGGAACAAGGACGGGCGCUUGAGUCCGCGCGCGGCGGUUCGCGAGCGGUUGUCGGCUCGGCGACUGAAGCGAGCGUCGUCGCCGCCGCCGCUGCCAGCGCGCUCGGCGCCGCCGCCGCGCAAGCACGCGCUUAGCCCUGCUCAGGCCGAGUGUCUGCGUGCCAUCUUCGCCGCUUUGCUGUGGCAUGAGGGCAUAGUGCACGACGCGAUCGCGUGCGCAGCGUUCCUGAAGUUUCACCCGCAGCUGCCUAAGCAGGGCGCGCGCGUCGUCACCCGCGCGCCGCACGACCACGCCGCGCGUCACCAGCGCCACUCCGUUGAAGUUUCCAACGCUGCUGGUCAAUAUCUCAGCAUGCCGCCGGCCACCCUCGAGACGUUAACGCGUUCGGGCGAGGAAGCGAGCUCCAGCCGCGCUCGCAAAUCUGACAUUGACACGCCCAUCAACGAGGAAGACGCCGGGGAAGCAUCAACCUCCUCGGUUGUAAAUGUAUUGCCCCCUGCUCUGCGCGCUCUGGUCGCGUUGUGGGAUGCACUCUAUGACGCCAAGCAACUUAGAGUUGCAACUGAAAAGAUAAUAAAAGACAACUUCGAUAAAGAAGACGAUGAUCCACGACCUAUAAUCAAAGUUCGACAGAAGAAAGUGUGGCGGUCGAUUACUAAGACCCCGUAUUCGAUUAGUUGCGAGCUGUGCGGCGGCGCAGGAGUGCCGCCCCCGCUUGCGGCGCAUAUGCGGCACGCGCACCCGGGCUGCCGCGCGGCGUCCGUGCGCGGCUACGACCGCUCCGGCACCUACCGCCGCUGCGACACGCCGCAGGACGUCGUCGCCUCCGUGUGCGGACAGCUGGCGCAAGCGUGCCAACUGUGGUACACAUUCUGCGAGAGGUGCCGCGAGAAAGCUCUCAAAGCCGCUUCGUCCGUGAAGCAACCAAAGACCAAGUCGAUCUCGGAACUGAGCUACGAACGCGUCAUGUCCUCCGAGAUAGACCACCAGGUCAUCAGGGAGAACGCAAUGUUCUUGCUCGACCUGGCUCCACUGACCAAUUCAGAAUCGCUGAGCCGCAUGUCGCCGAUCCACGAGGGGCAGGUGCGCAGUCCGCCCACGCCGCCGGGCAGCGUGUGGCAGCCGGCGCCGCCCUUCCAGUGCCUGCCCGCCCUGGGGCUGGCGCCCAAGGCCGCCCUCGCCGCAGAGACCGCGCGCUACCACUCGCUGGGGCGCCCGCCGCCGUCAGCCGCGCAUGCCGUAAGUCAAGGCUGCUUAACCCCAGGCCCGCGGGCCACACUUGGGGCGGCGCCGCGCGUGCAGCGCUCCGUGUCCAUGGGACAAGCGGGCGCGCGCGACCUGGCCGCCGCGGCGCGCCGCUCGCACGAGCCGCUCGCAGCUAUCGAGCGAGACAUAGACCAGGACACGCUCUCAGGUGUCGGCUCAUCCCUGCUGUCCCAGCCCAGCACGGCACUACAGAAGCUGGUCGGCUGCGGCGAAGAUGCCGCCGAAGGCUGCACCGUCUCGGCCUUUGAGGCCCCCCACGUUGACUCGGACGCGCUUAUGAAGCGUCCCGUACUGGAGUUCGUGCUAGCCCGAAGGGACCUGCACGCCUACACACAGAAACUGGACGGAACCGUCAGGAUCAAUACUGUUCGACAGUUUGCUUUUGAGGCCCUGAACUGGCUGCUGCGCUCCACGACGCAGCCGACGUGCGUGCACGACGUGAUGUGGUGGUUCUGCAACGCGCUUGAGAAGUACGCCAACGCCGUGCCGCCGCCCGCCAGCGUGGACGACAACAAAGAGGCGGCUGCCAACGAGAACACCCGCAACGUGAUAAAGUUCCCGGCAGCUUCGAGCAUGUGCCCGGGCGGCACUUCGGCCCGCGGCGCUCGCACGGCCUUCCACGCGCUGCUGGGCUCCGUUAGCACGCUGGCGCCUUCGCUGCCGCCCGCCAGUGCUGCCGGGCUGCAAGCCGUGCGUUGCUGGGCGCUGCACUAUGCGCCCGCCGACCGCGCCUUCCUGCACAGAUCGCAAGUGUUCAGUGUGAUCAGCAAAGUGCUGUCUCACUCGGACGACCCGAAUUUCGAGGAGGGAAUGCUGGGAGCCCUACACGACAGCUUCCACAGCUAUACUUACAAGGAGAAUUACGUAUGGAGCUGUCCCGACGUGACGAGCUGGUGUGACAUUGCCGUGUCGUCACGGCAGGGAAUGGCGGGAGCCCUCACAGAUGGCAGCACUGAAACGUUUUGGGAGAGCGGCGAUGAGGAUCGCAACAAGGCUCGCUGGAUCGAGAUCACCUACCCUCCCGGCACCGCCGAGGACCGUCCACACAUUGUUUGUGUGCAUCUCGAUAACACCAGGGAUACUGUGAACAAGACAAUGCUGGCUUCGUUCCUGUACAGCAGCGGUUCCGAGGAGCUGGUACACAUGCAAGACAUAGAAGUCGAUCCCAAAGUAGCGACUUGGCUCUGCUAUUCGUUGCCAAAGAUGCCGAGCAGUUCCGUGCGCGUGCGCUGCGAGCUGCGCGGCGCGGAGCCGGCGGUGCGCGUGCGGCAGGUGCGCGUGCUGAGCGCGCCCGCGCCCGUGCCCGCCGCCGCCGUCGCGCCCGCGCGCGUGCUGCACGCCGUCGCCGAGGCAGACGCGCUGCGCGUGUUCAGGCUGCUCACCUCGCAGGUGUUCGGCAAGCUCCUCGAGUGGGAGCGCAGCGAGCCGGGCGAGGCGGCGGCGGCGGAGGACCCGGCCGCCAACGACAGCGACCUGCGCGAGCACGUGGUCGGCAUCCUCUUCGCCGGACACAAGCUCACCUCGCUGCAGCGCCAGGUGAUGUCGCACAUAGUAACCGCCAUCGGCUACGAAGCGGCCCGCGUGCGUGACGACUGGGAGACGGCGCUGCUAUGCGCAGAGGCGGCCGAGCGCUCCGGUGAUGAGAUCACGCACAGGGCCAUCCCUCAACCUACUGUGGAUAACUACUGCUUCGAAAUGCUGGCUCUGCUGUUGGCUCUAAGCGGUAGUGCUGUGGGGUGCGCGCACCUGGCCCAGCGCACGGAACUGUUGGCGGACCUGCUAGCGCUGCUGCACACUGGCAGUGAGCGCGUGCAACGGCAGGUUAUUUCAUUACUCCGAAGAAUGAUAUCAGAAAUCAAGCCACAGAAAGCGCUUGUGGCCAUCAACUAUGGAAAUGAUUUGAGCACUCGCGUGACGUUACUGGACUACCUGCUGAGCUACCUCGGCAAAGCCAUCACGGUGCAGAUGAAGGUGAAGGGCGCCAGUGGGUCCAGCCCGGCCACGGUCACCAUGGGCUCCAGCGUCGCGUCCACGCCGCCCUCCACCUGGUUCCUGCGCGGAGAGACCUCCAAGAAGCACGCGCACCUGGUCGCCAAGCUGCUGGCUGAUAUGGCCGAGGACAAAAUAUCAGCCGACUGGGGCCAGGAGACGCGCACCGCGCUUGCCAACUACGUGGGCGCGAUCGCGCAGAUCGCCGAGAGCGAGCGGCGGCCGGCGCGCUGCGUGUCCUCGCCCGCCAUGUGGAUGGCUCUCGCCGCGCUCUGCGUGUGCGAGCAGCCGCACAUCGACCUGAUCAACGGCACAGAAGGUCGCGAGUCGCGUCGCGAGCCGGAGGCCCGGCCGUUCUGCUCGAACCACGACGACGGCGCCACCGUAGCGGUGGUGGAGUGCCGCACAUGCGGCCCGCUGUGCGGCGAGUGCGACCGCUUCCUGCAUCUCAACCGCGCCGCUCGCACGCAUCAACGCCAGAUCUGCAAAGAGGAGGAGAGUGCUAUCCGUGUGGACAUCCAUGAGGGCUGCGGACGCGCGAAACUGUUCUGGCUACUGCUGCUGGUUGACCGGCGCACGCUGAAGGCGCUGGCAGAGUUCCGCGGCAUGGACGCGGCUGAAGGCGACGAACUCGGCUACGCGGGCACUUGUCGCUUCUGCGGCGCUCGUGGCAGCACUGGCUUGCUGGCUAUUGGGAAUGUAUGCGCUGAUCAGCAGUGCCAGGAGCACGGGCGCGAGGCGUGCAACCGCGUGUUAAACUGCGGUCACAUGUGCGGCGGCGUGCGCUGCGAGCCGCUGUGCCUGCCGUGCCUGGCGGGCUGCGGCGCCGGCCGCUGCACCGAGAACGCGCCGCUGCGCCAGGACGCCGACGACAUGUGCAUGAUCUGCUUCACCGAGCCGCUGCAGGCCGCGCCCGCCAUACAGCUGAAAUGCGGGCACGUGUUCCAUCUGCACUGCUGCAAGAAGGUCCUGAACAGCAAAUGGAUUGGUCCGCGAAUCACAUUCUCUUUCGCACAAUGCCCCAUCUGCAAGGAGGACAUGGACCACUGGACCCUCGAAGACCUGCUGGACCCGAUCCGGCGGCUGCAGGACGAGGUGCGGCGCAAGGCGCUGAUGCGGCUGGAGUACGAGGGCGCGGCCGUGCCGGGUGCGGCGCGAGGCCGGCCCGUUCUGGACCCCGCUGAAUACGCUAUGGAGCGCUACGCCUACUACGUGUGCCAUAAGUGCGAGCGGGCAUACUUCGGCGGGCUGGCGCGCUGCGAGGCGGAGACGAGCGGCUGGUGGGAGCCGUCGGAGCUGGUGUGUGGCGCGUGCAGCGACGUCGCCGGCGCGCGCACCUGCCCCAAGCACGGCGCCGACUUCCUCGAGUACAAGUGCCGCUACUGCUGCUCGGUGGCGGUGUUCUUCUGCUUCGGGACGUCGCACUUCUGCAACGCCUGCCACGACGACUUCCAGCGCGUCACCAACAUCCCCAAGAACUCUUUGCCGCAAUGCCCGGCGGGCCCCAAAGGCGAGCAGCUGCCCGGCUCCUCCGAGGAGUGUCCUCUGCACGUGCAGCACCCGGCUACGGGCGAGGAGUUUGCGCUCGGCUGCGGCAUAUGCCGGCACUCGCAGGGCUUCUAAACCCGAGGGCCGCGACGCCCGGCCGGGCAAACCAGGCGCACUGCAGUCUUGCACUCGCUUAUAACAGCCUGGCUGGGCUAGUGCUGGUUGGUGUUUUCUGUUCCACUUUGUCGUAUAAUUUUGAAUUAAUUUAAAUUUAAACACGUAGGAGUAGUGGCAAUAAGUCUAUAACAGAUUAUUUAUGAUGAUUCACACUAAUUUGCAAUGUAUGUAUUUCCUGUUUAAAAUUACAUGAUUACAUUUGCUUCGAUUAUGAAUGUUAAUCCUAAUUUGUGUUAAUAUAUAAAAUUGGUAUGUAUGCGCAUACAGACCACAUGGACGUACUAUAAAAAUAUUCCAAAUAUGACAAAGACUCGAGUCUGGUGGCACUAAUGUAUUGUGCCAUAGGGCAGCGACGUUAUACAAACCUAAGACCCCUACACGUCCACAUGGACGUCCUAAAAACAUUCCAAUAUGACAAAAACUCGAUUUUGACACGAGUCUGGUGGCACUAAUGUAUUGUGCCAUAGGACAACGACCCCUAAAAUACCCCUACACGCCCACAUGUGCGUAAAACAUCCCAAAUAUGACAUAUAUUCCCCAUUUUGUCAUGUACCACAGGGUAUACAAAUCUAAAAGACCCUUACCUUCACGUCCACUUGGACGUACCUACUAGAAAUAACAUUCCAAACAUGACACAUACUUCCGAUUUGAGAUUCCAAAACAAAAUACAUUAACAUUACGAAUUAAAAAGGUUAUAAAAAAGAGUAUUAUUUAUCGAAAUGUCUCAUACUACGUCACGCGUGCUGCUUUAACGAUUUUUUACACCAUAAGUACUUCUAAAUCCUCAUUAUUUCGACUAAAGAUGCCUAUCAUGAUCUUUUGGCUUGCAAACUAGUUUGUAGCCCGAAUAACCUCAGAUGAGUUGUAAACAUCAUGAUGAGACCUAACGACAACAUGCGUUAUUGAAGUUACAUUUCUGUGGCGCUUGUGUCACUGCGUCGAUCAGUCGAAUGCAACAAACGAACGAGUCACUCUGCAAUAACAACACAGAUCAACAACAACGUAAUAUGACUCUGUUAUCAUAACCAACUGUACGAUGAAUCUGCAUUUAAAAUAUUUGGGGCAAACUUAUAAUUUUCCGCCUCUUGAAAAGUCAACUUAUUUCGUCUACUACAUGAAUGACUGUCAGUCAUUCAGUUGACUUGUGCAACUCCUUUGUUUUUAACUUUAUAACAGUAACAUGUAGUAACAACGCAAAAUAUUAUCAAGGUUUUAUUAGUAGCGAUAUUAAUCAGUAGCGAUUUACCGACAUUUAAAUUUAAUAUUAUCACUGUCGAUGGUAAUUUUAACCAAGUCAUUAUUCGAUUUUAAAUAAAUAAAGUAUAAUAAUAAUAAUAUUACUCGUAGAUGAUGAAUGGUUUGUGUCUGUUUAAUGAGAUGUUUGAAUGGGCGAUAUUUUAGCUGAGUUGAAAUGUAGGAGGGAGAUUGACUGUUACUUAAAGUAAAAAUUGUUACUUGUAAAUUAAGGGAAAGUCAAUUCUUGUCCUUCCGUGAGAUCCGAAUUGUGCGAUACUAACAUCGAAGCGCGAAGCUGCACGCGACAGGCUGCUGCUUCACGCGACGCGACAUCGCGCGCUCGUCUGUCGCACUCGUCUCUCUCCUUGAAGCCGAUGCCAUUGAAGAUAAAUGUUUAGCUGUAUUUAACACUCAGCAUCACACAAAAUUUCACCUUUAGAUCCAUAACACAAACCAGCUUAGCCACAUACUCUCAUUUUAUAUUAGUCUGUAGGUAAACAUAUACAUAUAAGGGUAUACUUAAGCAUUUUUGAGCUGUUUAAAUCGAAACCGUUCCUUAUAAGCUAUACUAAUGUUUCAACAGGGAUAUCGGAGUUUAAUAUGGCUCCAAAUAUAGCAUGCUUAACAUUUCCUACCACUUUUCUACACUGCUUCAUUUCUUGUAUAGGCAAAAAUGCCAUGAAUGUGUAAAUUGCGCGUUAAUAUUUUGCAUGUAGGUAUUGCCGGCACUUCGGCUUUGUAUAUUAGUGCUAAAUUUGGCUAUUUUUGAUAUGUUUUGAUCGCACCAAGCCGCGGGCGCAGCCGCCAGCUUCUUCCGUCGGGCGCGGCCGUUGUUGUCUAGUUGCGUAGCGAACUGAUUGUUGUCGAGUUAUAAAAUAUUUUUACACCUACGAAUUUCACACUACUUUCAUUUUAAUAUUGUGCAAUACAUUAGGCAGAGUUGAUCUAUAUUUUCUAUAAAAAGUUAUAUCAAUAAACUAAAUUAAGUAGAGUAGAACAUUACGUUUGUUAAAGAAAUUAAAUAUUUUAAUUUUUUAUGUUCUACUUGGAUGUGAACCAGUUCAGUCGAAAGGAUGUCGCUCCCUGACCCUCCCCCAACGCAACCCCGAUUCUUUGCCACGAACUGUCCCAGCAGUCCGGCCUCCGCUGAGGUCACGGUAGCCCCGUUGUUCUAGUACGUACAUAGAUAUUAUUGAAACAUAGUCAUUGGUGUUAAGCUGGCGACGCGGUGUAGCCACCGGAUUAUUAGGUUUUGAGAUUCUAUCGGAGAUUGAUGAUUGGGCGAUGAUGAGAGAGGAUGAGAUUUUGAAGAAAACUGAUGAAUGAAGAUAUUGGAGAAGGCUCGUGCACGUUGGUUAGUCAGGCGGCUCUGGCGCGCAGCCAGCUCGAUUGAUGGAAUUAUUCGUAGCUAGUAACUCAUUUAAUGGAAUCAGUGUGAAUCAAUAAAUGUGGUAGAUGAGAUUACUUUCAAUGUGAAUUAAGUAGAUAGUCUAUCAAAUAUGACUUUUGAAUGAUUUACAAUGUUAAGUAGAUGUUUUAAUCGAUGGAAUCCAUAAAUUAUUCUCUAGUGCAGUUUCUUGAUAGGUGUUUUAUGUUCAUUAUUAUGUUUUUCUUUUAUAAUUUAUGUUACUUUACUGUAUUUUUCUGAGUAUGUUAUUUUAUAUUAAAUUUCAUGUUUGUGUUGCGUUGUAAAUAAUAAUAUGUUUGUUUAUAUAAUUAUAUUACUUAUAAUAAUAAAUUAUUUUAAGAAUAAUGUACCCAUUUUCCUCCUUUACCGUGCCUUUUACUUGAUUAUGUGAUGUAGUGCGCUGUCCGUCCGUCGGCGGCGCUGGUAGUAUCGAUGAGUUUGACUGUACCGUUCCUAAAUCUUUGUUUAUUCAGAAUAAUAA